AUGGAAAAGAUCGCUGCAUUCAUCAAAUCCAAGGAGCAGCCAGCUGCUGCUAAGGAUGUCGUGAAAUCUGAUGAUGCCGAUAAUGACGUUGCCACAGCAAAGGCGCCGUUGGAAGACGAGCAAGCAAAAGAAUCACCGUCGUCAGAAGACAUGAGCACAGCGAAGGAGUCAUCGUCAUCAGAAGCUGCCGACAAAGGUGCCUCGGAAGCGCCUGCUGUGAACCAAAAUAAAUCUGAAAGCUCUGAAAGUAUACUCAUGAGACGGCUUCUGAUUGUGCUGACUGCAUGCUUUUUCACUGCGACGGCCAUGACGUCAUUCGGAUUCACUUCCUUCAAAGUUAUGCACGGCUUCUAUGCAACUAUGAUUACAGCAGAGGGUGUGAACCUCCUCGUACGUAGCCUGUACGUCACAUAUCGUAUUGCAUGGUGGCAAGCGUCUCGCUCUUCUCCAGUCCGAGAGAGUGAAGCCUUCCAAGCACGAUUAUAUCGUGCGAAACGAUUCACCGACGUGCUCGAUCAUGGCUUCUCAGCGGUACAGUAUGCACUAUAUUUGGUAAUCGGUACCGUAAUCAAUGGCAAACUGAUUCCUCUGGUAUUUGUGGGUCGACUCACCCAUCAUCUUCUUCAAAUGGGUAGCAGUUUAUACGAUCAUUUUACAGGACGUGAAACGUCAAGAUUUAUUAAUUAA